UUUAAAAGAAGGCAAAAGUCUACAGUCUAGCCAAAUGAUUCAUACAAAGGAGAAACCAUUCAAAUGUACAGAAUGUGCGAAAAGCUUUAGAUGGAAGUCUCAUCUACUAGAACACCACAAAAUUCACACAGGUGUGAAACCACACACAUGUACUGAGUGCGGCAAAUGUUUUACACAAAUGAAUCAUCUGAAAACUCAUAAAAAGAUUCACACAGGAGAAAAGCCGUUCACAUGUACAGAAUGUGGAAACAGUUUUACAGAAAAGAGUAAUCUGAAAAAGCAUGAAAGGAUUCACACAGGGGAAAAGUCUUUCACAUGUACAGAGUGUGGACAAAGUUUUAUAGAAAAGAGUCAUCUGCAAAGUCAUGAAAGGAGUCACACAGGGGAAAAGCCUUUCACAUGUACAGAGUGUGGAAAAAGUUUUACACAAAAGAGUGAUCUGAAAAAGCAUGAAAGGAUUCACACAGGGGAAAAGCCGUUCACAUGUACAGAGUGUGGAAUAAGUUUUACAGAUAAGGGUUAUAUGAGAAAACAUGAAAUGAUUCACACAGGAGAAAAGCCUUUCACAUGUACAGAGUGUGGAAAAAGUUUUACACGAAAGAGUCAUCUGAAAAGUCAUGAAAUGAGUCACACAGGAGAAAAGCCUUUCACAUGUACAGAGUGUGGAAAAAGUUUUACACAAAUGAGUCAUCUGAGAAGGCAUGAAAUUAGUCACACAGGAGAAAAGCCUUUCACAUGUACAGAGUGUGGAAAAAGUUUUACACAAAUGAGUACUCUGAAAUAUCAUGAAAGGAGUCACAAGGGAAGAAACCUUUUACAUGUUUAGAAAGUAGAAAAAAGGUUUUAAAUUUAAAAAUACAAAAUGGAAGACAUUUUCGACUAUAAAAAAAGGUUUUUUUAUUAAGAUGGAUUAUAUUAUAAAUGAAUAAACAUUCUUAUUUUUAUUUUUAUGUAGACAAACACGUGAAUAGUUAAUAUCUAUCCUUCACUACAGGAAGCAUCAAAAUGAUACCGCAAACUCCAAUAGUCUAAAAACCAAUAACUAUUCACAAACAUUAGGGAAAUCACAGCAAAUAUUUAAAGAAGAUUGUGAAUUGUCAGGAACUGGGCAGCAAUCAUUAUGUACAGAGAGUUAUUUAGUCAUCAAACAAGAGGACAACAUUUAUGCCUUAUCUAGUGAAAUGAACAUCCCAGAGGAUAAACCACACACAUUUACUGAUUUUUCAAAACAUUUAAAAGAAGGCAAAAGUUGUAAAUGAUUCAUACAAAGGAGAAAACAUUCAAAUGUACAGAAUGUGAGAAAAUCUUCACAUGUAAUUUGCAUAUCCUUGAACACCACACAGUUCAUACAGUUGUGAAAACUCAAACAUGUACAGAAUUUGGGAGAUGUUUCACAUCUAAAGGAAGCCUUAUGUAUCACAAAAAGACCCACACAUGGGAAAAACCUUUCAUAUGUAAUGAGUGUGGGAGAUGUUUCACAUCCAAGAGAAAUCUCAUAUCUCAUGAAAAGACCCACACAUGAAAAAAACCUUCACAUGUACAGAGUGUGGAAAAGGAUUUACAAUAAAGAGUAAUAUGAAAACUCAU